GGAGCGACGGGCUCCUGUGCGCGUUGUCCUCGCGCGUCGCCGCCCGAAGGAUGGUGACGUGAGUCCGUGCAGUAGGUGCGUUGGUGUGAAGGCACCGCCCACGCCAUGCCACAGUACCACGACGCCAUGCUAGACCACUCGGCCGUGGGCGUCAAGAACGUAUUCUGGCCCGAUCAGAUCACGCCGCGAGCCCGCACCCGCUCCGCCGCCCGGAGUUUCUUCGCCGCCCUCAAGAGGCAUUGCGACAGUUACACGGUCUCGCCGCCGGCAACGCCCACGUCUUCACGCCCGCACACGGGUUGGGCAACGCUCCAGCACCCACCCAACACUGCCGCGCGCCAACACGCCCUAGCCAGGAGCCGCAGUUACACCGAGGCUCGGUCCGCCCACAUCACUUGGCCCUCCUGGUCACGCACGCCCUCGCCCAUCUGUUCGGAGAGUGUCCUUUCUCCGCCGCUCAAACCUUCGCCCACCCCUUCGGCCCCUGGCGGUCCUGUGGCGCCCACGCACUCCCCUCCUGCGGGCUGCUCCUCCAAUGCAGGGCUUCCUCCCGCCCCACGCCCAUGUAGAAUCCCAACGCCCACUCCUCCUGCCACGCCCACCAAUGGCUCUCGUAAGGGCACGCCUCGGAGCAGCAAGAGGAGCUCCGGGUGCUGGCGCGGUUCUUCGCCGCCUUCGCCCCCACCCUCGCCCGGGGCCACCAGAGGCCUCCGGCAGGUAGAGCGCCAGCCCCGUCGGCGCGGCAGGGACGGCUCUGUGACUGCUCCGGCCAGCCCCGUCGAAGCUCCGCGGGGCUGGCCCAGCUCUUCUCCCUUCGCACGCCGGGCCGCGCCUGCAGACGAAGGCGGAGACCAGUGGGUACUAUGCACCCUGUCACGCCCUCGCACGGGCCGGAACAAGCGCGUGCAGAAGAUGAAUCAAAUGUCCAUGGAGAAGAAUGCUGCGCAGUACCAGCAGUGGCUGCAAGACACGCCGAAACCCAGCAAGGGAGGGGUGUUUCUUAGCCGGGCGUACUCCGUCAAGGAGAAGCUGAAAGGGAUGAAGUCCCCAAUGAGAAGCACGGGUAAGAUCGUGAAGGUGGAGCCCAGUCACAGCAGCGAAAGCCUGGAGAGCAAGGUGGAGCAUGUGUGGCGGGCGCUGGCUUUCUACAGGGAUGUGGUGGAGAAGAGCAUGAUGGACAUGUUGCCAGGCUCAGCCACAGUCGUGCUGGAGAUGGUUCUUGCUCUCAACCUCGCCCUCAAACCCUGCUUCUCGAAUCAGAACAGCUCUGCGGUGUCUUCAGUCAUAGCCCGCGUACACCAUAGUGUGGCAGAAUUGGUGCGGUGGAGUGACCAGUUAUUGCUACGUGGGGAUGAGGCUCACAAUACUCAGACCGUCCAACAGGUUGUUCAGACAGUUAGGGAUGCCGUCCAGGCUUUCGUUGAUCUUGCUGCUGAUAAGGAAAACUUGAAUAUAUCAGAUUCAAGCAUAAUGGAUAGCUCUCCGUCCACUAAUGUUAAUAAUAAUUCGAUAAACUCGGAAAUAUCAACACCUUAUUACAGAAAUUCAGAUACUGUGUCAAAUCAUCGAAAUUCACUGCCUGAGAUUACAGCUGACUCACCUGUGGAAAAGAAUAGAAGUUUCCUUUCUCCACGAGACAGUAGCACUAAGCUUAGCCACUCACUGAGUUCUGACUCAAUACUUAAUACAACUGUGGAAGCACCUCCUCCAAAACCACCCCUUCCAACUGGGCGGAAUGAUAUUGCACCCCCACUACCUCCAAAGAAGAAGAAUCACUGUAAGAGAAGUUCCCCAGAGAAUGGUGUAGGCAACCCCAUGUACCAAAACUCACCCCUUGGGCACAGCUCACCAUUAAACCGCAGCCCAAGGGAAAGUUCCUCAGAGUGGCCACCUCAUGGCUGUGGUUCAGGACCUUACACUGGAUCGCUGGACAGGGAAUCUCAUACUGCUCAUUCCUCAGACCAAGUAUCCCCUGCAUCCAGUCUUGACUCCAUGAAUCAGUCUCAUGAAGAAUCUGUUAAAAGCCAGACAAGUCUCAAUCCCUGUGGGUCUAUUCUCAGUGAUCGAUUAGAUCUUAAUUUUGAAAGAGCCCUGCAGAAUAUUGUUAUAGAACCUAGGCUUGGGCACUGUUUAUCAGACUUUGACACCGCCAGUAUGUGUUUCACGGAUUCUGGCUUCCCUUCCCUUUCUUCAGUGAACAGCCUCUCAUCAAACACUCUCAUUAACAGCUCUACAAACCAACCCUUCCUAAGUCAUAUGUCCAAGAGUACCAGCGAGAGUCAGUCAGUGGUGGAGUCUCGCACAGAGACCUUCUUCUCCUCUUCAUCUCAGGUUAGCAGUAAGGUGAGCUGCAGCACCAAGCGUGUAGUAUCCUACCAGCACUUUACCACUACCCGUUCAUCCACAUCAUCCUCAGUUUCAUCUGCUUCAACCUCCUCCAGUGGCAGUGAGGUGGGUCUCCAGGGAGAAAAGAUAGAGAACAACACCAUGUCCAUUCAAGUACCUCCUGCAUUGCCAGUGAAACAGCGCAUACAACAAGGUCGACGAUCAGCUGAGAUGCGCACAGCCUCCACAUAUGAUAACGUUAAUUGUGACUUUCCUGAUACUGACACUGUAGACUCACAUGACAUUAGAUAUAAGAAGGAUGACCCUAGUCCCAAGCUUCCUCCCAAGAUUGGCAAUCUGCAGCUGGGUGGCAGCAGUAGUAGUAGCACCAGUAGUGUCAACAGUGGUUAUAUGAGUAGCACUACAAGCAUGUUAAGCAACAGUAGCAAUGCCAGCAGUCAGGGGAGCAGCAGUGUUGUGCAGCUACGGCGGCAUACCACGGUUUUCCAGUCCCAGCUUGGUAGUUCAGGGCUUGGUGAUGACAACCCACCACCACUGCCUGUUAAGAAGAAAUAUGUUAUGGACUACAUGAAGCUCUUUGGCCAAGUGUCUGAGCCGAAUGAAAGUGACCUGUUAAGGAAUUCUGUGCACCAGAUACACCUCCAUGCAGAUUGGCAUGCUCAUGAGAGUGAACAUGAGCUUUACCAUGCAUCACAUUCAUUCUCCAGCAUGAUGCAAGGCAGCAUGGAGCACAUAUCACUCCAGCCUCCACCAGCGCUGCCUCCAAAGCAGAAACAGAGGGCCAUUGCCAGUGUCUCUCGCCAGUCCUUGCCACCGGCUAUGAGAGUAGUGCCCAUCAUGGGCCCUGAGCCAGAAGAGAAGGCUUAUGACCCGAUGGAUAAUGGUCGCAAACAUGAGGAGGAGAGAGACGAACCUGAGGAGGUGAUUGUACAAGACCAGUGUUUGCACAUAGAAAAGAAAGUACCAGAGAAGGAAGAGGAGGAAGAAGAAGAGGAAGAAUGCUUGCUUGAUUAUCUUGAUGUGCAGGAGUAUCUGGUCCUGAAGAAGGAAGGGGAUGAAGGCCCUGAUAUCAGAGGAGGUCCUGUAGAUGCGCUUGUAGUCCAUGCAUCUAAGGCUAACAAGAAUGAUUUCUUGUAUCAAGAAGCAUUUUUGACUACAUAUCGCACCUUUGUGUCACCCAGUGAACUAGUGACGAAGCUGUUGUAUCGUUACAAUAAAUUUACAAACAGCCCAGAUGUAGACCAUCAAAAAGCAGCAAGAAAUGCCUUCUCUCUCCUUGUUCGUGUUGUGGAUGAGCUUACCAUCACAGAUUUGAACAUUGAACUUCUUGAAACUCUUACCGAAUUUGAAUAUUAUCUUCUUUGUUGUGGUGAUCUGCUCUUGGCAAGAGCUCUAAGAAAAAAGAUUGUUGAGAAGCUUGAGAAACGCAAGAGAUACUAUGCUCCAAAUGAAAGUUUGAUUAUCGCCUCACGGGAGGUGACGACAAAACAAUCUACUAUAUUAGAAUUCAAGUCACAAGACAUAGCUGAGCAGAUGACUUUGUUGGAUGCUGAACUGUUUCACAAUAUGGAAAUUCCAGAAGUAUUGCUUUGGGCGAGAGAGCAGAAUGAAGAAAGAUCUCCGAAUUUGACAACCUUCACUGAACAUUUUAAUAAGAUGUCUUACUGGGCACGCUCUCGAAUCCUUGAGCAAGAAGAUGCAAAAGACAGAGAAAAGUAUGUGAUGAAAUUUAUCAAAAUAAUGAAGCAUCUUCGUAAAAUCAGCAACUUCAAUUCCUACUUGGCUCUUCUCUCUGCAUUGGACUCCGCCCCUAUUAGGAGACUAGAAUGGCAACGAAAUGUUACUGAUGGCCUGAAGGAGUAUUGUGCCCUCAUAGAUUCUUCAUGCUCAUUUAGGGCAUAUAGACAGGCUCUCUCUGAUUCUACACCUCCCUGUAUACCUUACAUUGGACUGAUCCUCCAAGACUUAACAUUUGUGGAUAUUGGAAACAACGAAUUGAUGUCAGAUGGGAAUGUCAACUUCUCGAAACGCUGGCAACAGUUCAAUAUUCUUGAUAAUAUGAAAAGAUUCAAGAAGUGCCAAUAUUCCUUCAAGAAGAAUGAAAAAGUUAUUGCCUUCUUCAACAAUUUCGACGACUAUCACAGCGAAGAGGCUCUCUGGCACAUCUCUGAGUCCAUCAAGCCCCGAGGUGGAAAGAAGAAAUGAAAGCCUAAAUGUGACAGAGAUCUCUCACUAGCAGGAUCGAAUUAAGCUUUAGAAGUAUUUCACUGCAGUAAUGCGUGAUUUAUAUAAAUGUUAUAUUUUUUUUAACAGUAAUUGUAGUAUGAUCUGAGGUGAUACUGUGAGUUUGAAUGAGAAUACUUAAUUGUGUUCCGUUAUUUGUGUAAAAUAGCACAGAUGACAUGGAUAUUCUACCAUAUAUAAUCCAAGCAAUCAGAUACACCUCUAAAGUAUAUAUUUGUUAAUAGAAAAUGAAAUUUGAAUGAAUAUGCAUAUAUUACUAUUACAUCCCAGUCCAUUGUGUAAUAUACACUAGAGAUUAGUUGGAAGCAUCAUGAUGGUGCUUGGUAUGGAGGCCAUAAUGGCUAGUCGUUUUUGAGUUUAGUGGCUUUGAAAAUAUAGGUAGAUAUGCUUGAAAGUUCAUUCUGGUAACUGUUAGGCUGAUUUAAAUGGCAUAACUACAAAAUGCAAGGAAAUAUAUUGCUGGGGUCUUGUAUUGAUAUGCUGCCAAUAAAGAAGUGAAAAAAUAAAAUCAAAGAAUGUUAAAUGUGUAGUCAGUUUGUAUAUAUUUGUACAGUGGAAAUCAGAAUAGAAUAAUAAUUUUUAUUUUAUUUGGUGAUAUAGACAGUCCAACAGAUAUUUAGCCAUUUUGUGUUCUCAGUUAUGCAAUUCACAAAACUCAUUCUUACUCAAAUAUGGGUUUCUGUUCAACUCUUUGUUACUUCAUAAUAAUGUAAACAUUUGCAAGCCAAAGAUGUAGCCGAAGGCUGCGCAUGUAAUGAUCAGUCCAAAGAUAUUUUCUUGUAUGUUAGUAGGGGGAAUGAAACCAUCAGACUUGUGCUGCAUAGGUGAAUUUCACCCUUUAGACUUUUACUUAGAAUAAAAUCACUUCUUCUAUUUAAGAUGGUGUUCUGUCAACAGUUUUCUUUGGUAGCACAUCAUUUGUAUUGCUGUUUCCUAUUGGCAAAUCACAUGUGUUUGUGGUUAUAGAGAAGAAAUGCCAAACAUCUGUUCUUUUAUUUUGGUCCUCUGAACUGUCACAAAACAUUAAGACAGACCAUAGUGCUUCAUAUGACUGCACACAACUGGCAAGACUUGUCAGUACUGACAAGAGUAUUAUAUAAGGUCACAAUACACUAGAUGGACUACGUUAUUAGGCAUGGUCACCCUACUUGUUGCUAAUCAUUUCAGGCCUUAAUGGUAGAUCAUCCAAUCUGUGUUUAGGGUUAUCUGAUCUUCCAUGACUUAUCUGGGAAGGACUUUGAGGCAUAGGCACAAUGCUCUAGCAUACUGGCUAUAGUAUAAUUCAAUACUGAUGUUAAUAUAAUUCUUAGAAGUAAACACAGUUGCAAGUAAUGUAUAUUAGGUGAACAUUAUAUACAGUUACAUGUCAUUUGCAAAAAUAUGUUGGUUUAACAGAAAUAGAAUAUGGGAUGUAAUAACUCAUAUCUGUUUUUGGGUUUCCAUUUUUAUUUUGCAAAGGGAGGUGAGUUGGCACUUAUUACUGUGUUAUGGUGUUUCACUACUCUAUGGGUAAUAGUAAGUACACCACAUCAAACUUUUUACAAUGCUAAAGUGUCUUGGAGGAUGAAUACAUAAUUUCAUCACUAUAUUAUCAGAAAAAAAGUCUAAGACUUGUAUAACUGCUCCAAAGAUUAUUGUUGUGUUGUGAUUGUUAGUUAUUACUUUGGCAUUAUUAUUAAUGCUCUUAUCCUGUGAUGGCAGAAAUGAAAGCCACUAAACUUAUUCAAUAUGGAUAUGAACAAAAUAUUAGCAAUUAUUAUCAUCAAAAGCUGCAACAAUCUUCUCCAAUAUUCAGCAAGCUAUGUUUGGCAGAGCAGUAUGUUUUUUGGAAACUUUUGUACUUGUACAUUCAUUUCUUCUCCUUGAAAAGCAUUUUCUCCAUACCUUCAUCUUUAUUCCUGUGCUUUCCUUUUCUUUUAUUUUUCUAUAAAAGUGACAGUUAUCCCCUCAUUAUGUAUUUUGUUGUCAUCUUUUGCUUCUAUUUAUUAUGUAUUUCUACCACUUACUCCCAUUACCUUUUGCCACUUUGAUAAAUUAUGUCUUAUCUCAUCUUGUUACUGAUUUAAGUUAUGCAUUCUUUUUUUCUUGCAUAAUGAUUAUGUUUGUAAUAAUUAUAAUGACCAGAUACUGUAUUUCAAUAUAUUUCCUUUCUUUUCUCAUGUUUGCAUUGUUGAUAAGCAUUUUAUGGUGAGUUAUGUAUAUAUUCAUAAAAUAGAAAGUACAAUCAUGCUCCUUAGCCAGACUCUAACUGUUAUUAUAACUAUCACAUGAAUCAAUGAAUGCAUCAUGCUGUGUUAAGGAACUUUUUUAUGUCAACAUGAUGGAAAUGCUUCCCUAGCAUAUAUCACUCACUUAUGGUACUCAUUUGAGUUUUUGUACAUGGCACCUGCAGGACACUUAAACACCAUGUAAAAUGGUAGCAGAAUACCAAGCAUGUGCUGGUGGCUCAUACCAUAAUUAGGUUCACAAACCUGACUUUGUGUAUUUUUCUGAAACAGUAUUUGUAUAUAAAGUGCUCAUAUAUAGUCUAUGGAUAGGAGUAAUAGUACUACCUUGUUUUUAAUAGGUUUAGGAAAUUUACUGACACAUGCCUUGUUCAUCCUUAAGUAUGGCUAAAUAAAGCUGGUAUACUUGCAUAUUUCGUAAGAAUAUUCAGCGUCAAGUCUCCUCAUCAAGAGGUACAAACAAGGAAUCAGAGGCUAUGUUCAAGUACAUGGCCCCUUUUUCUAGUCAUUCUUGUGAGUCAUUAUGCACUGAGAGAUUUUAUUUACUUUUCUGGACUGUUUUUAAAAUGUAGCAUAUAUAGGAUUAUUUAAACAUUAUUUGCAUACUGAGUUGCUAUAAAUUAAUGGUUUGUAUUGUGUCAUGUAAUUUUAUACAGAAAAUAAAUUUGAUAUGCCAUGUG